AUGCCUGGAGCUCUCAAAGUUCUCAUCACUGGCGCAGCCGGUCAAAUUGCUUACAACCUCUCCAACAUGGUCGCCAACGGCAAUCUGUUCGGCAAAGACCAGAAGAUCAUUCUUCAUCUCCUCGAUAUCCCCGAAGCCAAAACUGUACUCGAAGGUGUUGUGAUGGAGUUGCAGGACUGCGCUUUUACUGUCUUGGAGGGUAUUGUUCCCACGCACUGCCUUAAGGAGGCAUUUACUGACAUCGAUGUUGCUCUGAUGGUUGGUGCUAUGCCGCGCAAGCAAGGCAUGGAACGCAGGGACCUUCUCUCUUCCAACGUGAAGAUUUUCAAGGAUCAGGGCGAGGCUCUUGAGAAGUACGCCAAGAAGUCUGUUAAGGUGUUGGUUGUUGGUAACCCUGCUAACACUAACUGUCUCAUCAUGAGCAAGUACGCUCCUUCCAUCCCGAAAGAGAACUUCACGGCUCUUUCCCGCCUGGACCAUAACCGGGCCAUCUAUCAGGUCGCUGCCAAGGUUGGAGUUCCCAAUGAGUGCGUAAAGAACGUAUGUAUCUGGGGCAACCACAGCAAUAAGCAAUUCCCCGAUUUGGCUCACGCUGUCGUUACCAAGGGCGGGAAGCAGCACCCAGCUAAGGAGAUGAUCAACGACGAAAAGUGGGUGAAGGAAGUGUUCACUCCAUGCGUUCAAAAUCGUGGUGCCGCGGUCAUCGGUUUGCGAAAACUCAGCAGCGCCGCGUCCGCCGCCAAGGCAAUAGUUGAUCAGAUGCAUGACUGGUGGUUUGGCACCAAGGAGGGUGAAUGGGUUUCCAUGUCUGUUUACAGCACUGGUGAACACUAUGGUGCUCCCAAAGACAUCUAUUUCAGUUUCCCGGUUACCAUCAAAAAUGGACACUACAAGGUAGUGGAUGGUCUCUCCAUGGACGAAUGGAGCAAAGGUCUUUUCAAGAUCACUGCUGACGAAUUAGUCGAUGAACGGGACGUCGCUCUUUCCUCCUUCAAGUGA